GCGCGAAGGGAUAAGAUAACGGCAGCCGCUCAGAAGAAAAGGCGGUCAGCGCGAGCGAUUACGACAGCGGGCGACAUCGCCGCUAGUAGGUGCCACGUUUGACGUCGUAUGUGCGCGCAAAUCCAACGGAAGAGUUUCGUUUUCUAUCUGUUACGUAUUCUUUCACGCACGUGGCAUCUCCUUUGAAGAUAUACAGCCUUUGGUGCAGCCGGUCUGACUACUGCGCCAGCUUCGACGUUGCAUCUUUGAAGCAGAGGGACAGAGGGUGACGUAUGCAGCCGCCUGUUUCAACAACAACGGCUACCGACGCAAAGUUUGUGCUUUCUUGUGUGCUGCGCUGCUCUGUGAGCCACCGAGUACCUCUCGAAAGUGCGUCAAGGGACCAGUGGCGAUUACAGCGCGAAAGUUCGGACCCUUCUGCGACGUGUCUCAGCGCAUGUUGACAACGAGCUCCGCGCGCUGGAAUACGUUUACGCAUUGUGCACACCAGCCGUAAAUUCAUUCAAGCGGUAACGAAGAUCGUAGCAUAGCACGUAAAAACAAUAAUUUAGGGAAGCUAUGAGGAAGUGAUGCGGAAAAGGAAGAACGUUAGCGGCUUUGUAUCCCUGGCAGGGAAGCGGCUCUGUAAAGCUCUCCGGUAUAAUCCGUGCCUCAAUCGUCGCAAGGAUGUGGUGCCUCUGAAGCGAGAAGCCUACAUCUAACUUGCGUAUCGGCAACGUGUGUGAGUGUGGAUAUAUCGACUGCUGACCGCAUACGACGUUGGCAUGGCUCCCGUAGCGCGAUGCCUUCUUCUCACGACGAACGUUACUCUGUGGACCGUGGGUGCAGUGCUGCUUUCGGCCGGUCUGGUGGCACUACUGCGGCCCGAAUUGGAGGUAUCUCGCGCCCUGCUGGACGAUGACAGCGGCCGGCCGCCGGCUGAGGUCGCCGGCUUCUACAUCGUUUCCGGUUGCAUGCUACUGCUGAUUGCCACGCUCGGUUGCGGCGGCUCGUGUGGAGAGCGUUAUGGAUGGAUGGUGGUGUACGUGAGCGUGGUGUCGCUGGUGACUGCAGCACUGGUGGUCUAUCUGGGACUGCAACUAAACGCUUGCAUCAAGGAAAGAGUGUGCACCAAAAACUUUGACGUGAACAAUCGGCGACACUGGAGUAUUUUGGUGCAGUCAUUGGCCGUGUUCGUUCUGCUGGUGACUUUAACCCUGGCCACGACGGUGUGCUGCAAGGCUAGGGCCCGCCGGGGCUACCUGGCCGUACCGCUCUGAUAUCUUCCUGUGGAGCGCCAAUCACUGUGACCAAAAUUCGCACCCGCAUACAGUGAUGUGCGAAGUAGUGGUAAUUUACGGCAGCUGCCCCGCUAAGCGCCCGCUGUCAUUUGGUAGGGACUUUCGCAGCAACUUUCGCAGGCCCCUUUCUGCUUUGUUGCAACUGACCCUGUUCUCGAAGAAAAUGGAACGUGAGCAUCCAAGCACACUUGUAGAAGUAUCUAGCUAAUCCCUUAUAUGCUUAGAAUUACUGUAUAGCAUGUAUUCCAGUUAUGUGCACAGAGAAGGUCCCAGAGACGAUCGCUUUCAGAGAGAUCAUCGCUCACCGAGCUGCCACCUUGGUACUGCUUGCGGAACGUUUGAAAGGGCCCUGCAACACAAAGGAACUUAUUGCCUCACGAAUCGAACGCCGCAAAAAUUUUUAGAAUCCGCACAGUACGAGCGGAGUUACAAAGGUAUGUCGCACGCUGUAAUUGCUUUAUCUCUUCUCUCGCCCCGACGAAAGCACUGGAAGCUAAGCGGGG